GGACCGUUCCUUUACAAGAAAAACUUGUCUGAAGUGUUUGACUGGCGCAGUAACAACGGUCCUGAUAAGCCGGGGGAAAGAACAGAAACGACAAAAAAACCCAAACGAUGAGGUCACUUGGAAGUAGUAAUUUUAAAAUCUCGGGCCCUCUCCUGUUUGUUUCUCUCGGUAGUAAGCAGUAACACAGACACUGGGGAGUGUGGCACGGAGGAUUUAAAAGGAACGAUUUAAAGUUGUAGGUUUCAAUUGUGUUUGGUGGGAAAAUCAAUGGGAAACGAGAAACACGGUGAUGAUCCCGCUAAACCAAUCGACCUUGCCUCUUCAGAUCCUGGGUCUUUGAAGGCUCGGAAAAAGAAGAUUAGUAAACAGGAAGCUCAAAAGCUAAGGGACUUUAGAUUAACUGCUCCAUGUUUUUUGGGCAACAUUCCAUGCCGUCAACGAUCCAAGAGAAGAGUCAAGAGCAAGAAUUCAAUAUCUAAACAGACAAACAGGCUAGACUCUGGAGCAUUUGAAUGCUAUAUGGAGAAAUUGUGGAGCAGCUUCCCAGAGGAGAAGCGGACUUCCUUUGCAUACUUUGACUGUCAAUGGUUUGCAUGGUACAGAAAAGCGUCUUUCCGAGAAAAGGUUUUAUCCUGGAUUAAGAGGGAACAGAUCUUUUCAAAGAAAUAUGUUCUUGUUCCUGUAGUUUGCUGGAGUCAUUGGAGCCUCCUGAUCUUCUGCCAUUUUGGUGAAAGUUUGCAGUCAGAAACCAAAACACCAUGUAUGCUGCUGCUGGAUUCACUAGAGAUAGCAAAUCCAAGGCGUCUUGAACCAGAUAUAAGAAAGUUUGUGCUUGACAUUUAUAGAGCAGAAGGCAGGCCUGAGAAGAAGGAGAUGAUUUAUCGAAUUCCUCUAUUGGUGCCUAAGGUGCCACAGCAAAGAGAUGGUGAAGAAUGUGGGAAAUUUGUUCUCUACUUCAUAAAUUUGUUUGUGGAAGGUGCUCCAGAGAACUUUAGCAUUGAGGGCUACCCUUACUUCAUGAGAAAAGACUGGUUUGAUGCUGAAGGUGUGGAAUGCUUUUGUGAGAAGCUUGAUUCCUUUGGGAAGUGAUCUCUGUUAGUUUUACUAGAUUGAUCUAACAUGCACCAAUGAGCCUUGAUUAUGUGAGAGAUUAGCUUAGAUGUGAGUGUAUAUGUUGAUAAAGAAAAAUUAGCUUAGAUGUGGGAGCAUAUGUCAAUGGUAGAAAAAUUGUCAUGAUGUGAAGGAGCACUGUGAAAAACAUUCUUUGCUAAUCUGUUAUGCGGUCUCUCUUCUUAUUCUAUUAUUUAGUGCAGAAUGAAAUCAUUUUAUUGUAUUUUAGAAUUCAAGUGGUCUGAGUUCAUCUGUA